UCUCCCGCAUGGAGAUGCCGUCCGCGGACACGCCAAAACCGGCUAAGUCUCAUACGAGCUCCGCUAAAGUCGUACGCACUGCCGGGCUCCCGCGUGGGGCCCCACGCAAGCAUUUGCAACCGCGACGCGCGUACGGCAUGACGUAUAAGCCACCUAUCAGCCUUGGGUGCAAGCUCACCCAAGGCCACCCUCGCAAGGCAGGAACAAGUAAAGACAUUCACCAGUUGUUUGUUGUGUUUGCCCGCCGCAGAAAUUGUUUUAAUUUGAAAUUGUCUUCUUCUAAGCUUCCGCUCUCAGCGAUAGUCUUUACACCCACCAUGGCUUUCUCGGAUUCACAAAUGGAGUCUAUCCAGCAGAUCGUGGCAGCCAGCGUGGCAGCAGCCCUCAGUGGCAACGCACCGGAGAACGUCACGGAGCACCAAGAAGACGGCUCGCAAGCCGCGCGCAUAACAUCCCGCCGGAUGUCCACCUCCCGCCGGAGGAUCGCCUACAGACACCACCGCCGCAAGCAACGGCUCCGCGAGCCAACGCUUCGCCGCCCGCUGUCUUUUAGUAUUGUUCUGUGUGCCUAUCCAGGGUCGCUAGCCCCGCUCGGAUUACAUCCCGCCGAACAUAUAACUCCCGCCGGAGAAUUGCUUACAGACACUGCCGCUGCAAGCUGCGGCUCUGCCGAACCAAGGCUGCGCCGCCCGCUGUCUGUUGUUCUGUGUGUCUGUCCAGGGUCGCCAGCCCCGCUUGCAUAACAUCCCGCCGGAUGUCCACCUCCCGCCGGAGGAUCGUUUACCGCCGCAAGCCACGGCUACGCAAGCCAACGCUUACGUGCCACCCCCAUGCGUCCACCCGCAAGGCUAAGUACCUAUGGGUUAGGCCAAUAGCAGAGGCUCCCACCCCGCGGGGCUGGGGGAGGGGGCUCUCGGGUCGUAUUUGCAUUAGCCCCACAGCAUGGGGGCGAACCUCGGCCAAACCAGUACCGGAACGCCCCGCCGAGGUCAGGGGGGAGAUCUUCCACUAGCAUAACCCACGGGUCCCCUGCUUACAAUCCGCAGCCAUGCCGCCGGGCCAGUGCGUUCCGGGAAGCGGGCCGCUGUUCGGCGACCCGGCGCAGCACACAUACACCGCAGCUUGGCCGCCGUGCCACCCUGCCUGUUUAGGGAACAUGCUCGUGUGCGGACGUAUGCGUGUGUGCGUUUGUGUUGCAUGCACUUGUGCCUGUGUCCUCCUAGGCUCGCUAGCCGCCGCUCUCUCAGCGCGAGCAGAGCACCUGAUUGCCAACUCAGUAGCCACUGGCACACAGCGCACGUACGCCCCAGGCUGGCGUGCAUUCUUGGAGUUCAUGGGUCGCAUGCGCCGCGACGCACAUCACCCAGAUCAGAACGACGUCCUGCUGUUCGCUGCCGCAAUGUCCCACUCAGUCAGCGCCAGCACUCUGAGAGUCUACCUGGCCGCGAUCAAAUACCACCUCCUCCGCAUGGGAGGCCCGGUCGGGGUUACAUCCUCUAACCGCAUCACAGCCCUGCUCAAGGGCUUGGAGAGGGAGAGAGCGUCACUUCCCAGGCAUCCGUCAGCACGCCCUCAGCGCCAAGCGAUCACCGUCCACAAGUUGAAGGCUCUCCGCCAGUUCUUGGAUCGGACCUUGUACUCCCCGGCAGACAGACUAAUGCUAUGGGCUGCUCUGACGACAGCCUUCCACGGCCUGCUGCGUGUGAGUGAGUACACGUCGCCGUCACCAUACGGUCCCGGCGGCCUCAAGACACUGAGGCGCGAACACCUCCGGCUAGCCCAGCAGGAGGCCUCUCUGCAGCUCCAGAGGACGAAGACGUCUCAAUUAACAAUAGGCGGGGAGGUAGCGCUGCAUCGCUACGCCGACCCCGCACUAUGUCCCGUCCGAGCCCUGCAGGCUUACGUUCGGUCCAGCAAAUGGAGCAAUGACAAGCAACCCCUAUUCAAGUUUCAGGAUGGUCGCCAGCUCACGCCGAACGACAUCAAUGCUGUACUACACAAAGUGCUAGGUCCAAGCAUCAGCAGCCAUUCCUUACGCGCCGGGGGAGCCACACACAUGGCGGAUCGAGGCGCACCGGAGUAUGCCCUGAUGGCUGCAGGCCGCUGGUCCAGCGGGGCAUAUCGCACGUACAUUCGCAGGCCCGCAGGCAUGCCACAGCACUACUAGAGCCUGCGUGUCGCAAGCCACUCGGUACCUUUAUUGGAGGCACGGGUGCUGCCAAUGGGCGCCGCAGAGUGCACGCACAUCGGCACCAUUGAACUAUUCAUGUGUACUAAGAUUUAGUGUUCCGCUGCCAUAGCAACCUAGUAGUACACGUAGCCGUUCCGACGGCGCAGGACCCCGCGGGUCGCUUCUGCUGUCCUUGCCUCUCUGAUGCGUGAUAUGUGUACAUCAUUUAUAAUCAUGACCUCAUACUGAGUACAUGUACGUCAUACUUGAUUACCGAUCACAGGCUCAUGAUUAUUCAUGCUGGAAUAAACGCUUGCGACACCCCACAGUACACAUGGUACAGGCUCGUCUCUAAAGUGUGGCAUGAGGGUUAAGUUUUGUUUUUUCACGGCUGAGCGUAGCGAAAGAGUGCAAAAAACGUAUUUUUCACUCACAAAUAUUUUCGUGCAUUUGCUCUUGUUCUGCGCAACUCCGUUGAACCUGCCAUCGUGGUCUUUGUUUUUCCUCGUGGUAGUUGAAGUUUUCAAGUGCUCCAGUUUUUAGUUUCCACUCGCAGCCACACAACACCACAACUCAUCUUAUUAUUUUUUCAGAGUAGAUCUACAGUGUAAUAGUCCAGAAGAAAGAAACGACAGUGCCGUGCACCGUCUAUAAUGAAUCGGUCCAGCCUACAAAAGGUCCACAUCGCCUGAUUGGGCCUGCAAGCUGAUGUACCAGUAACCUGACGUUUUUGGGAGCUGCAGAUCGAUCUGCGAAAGGCGGAAACAGCUAAAACGAGCUGAGCGCAAUCCGCCACACACAAGCAAGUUUGGUACUAUACCAGGCGGAGCAGAGUCACCGUUGACAGCUACACAAAUCAGGGCGUUUCGGACGACCAGCAAAGAUUGUGGAAGUAAAAUUUAGUUGACAAAACAAUUGGUCACUCAGUUCCGACAUGUCGAGUCGACACCUACCUGUACCGCAACCAUACCCCUCAAAGGCUUCAGCGAGUCCUUGAGAGUUUUCCGUGGGCGCAGUGAUGAGAUCGAGAGUCUACGGAGUCGGUGAUGAGCGCUGUCGAUCACAACAUCGUGUCCCAAAUGGUGGCGAAGCUCCUGGCAGAGCUGACACCGCAGUCAUACUGAAGUAGUUGUCUGAUAUCGUGGCGAAGGGCAGCAAGUUCGUAGCUGUCUGUUGACAACACCAACCGGAGUUCACUGGGACAGCCAGCCAGUUUUCGCACCGCACAUGGACCGGAGAGAAAAGAUAAGUAUCAGUACUUGAGACUGUGGAUGUUUUUUCGAUAAUUUACGAAGUACAUAAUCAUGUAGUUGACACAAUCGAAAGGGGUGUACAUGCCGUCGUAUUCAAGGGAGCAAACAAACGCCCAGCCCGUACCGCCCUAGGCCCUACACAGGGUGCAUGAUCAAUGUCACGGGACCAUCAGAAUGUUAUGGAUGUGCAGAGCGAGGUACAUGACUGUAUCGUGUUUGUAGAGACAACCAUGAACAACAAGAGUAGUUAGUUUGUCAGUCUGAGUACAAAAAUCGGGCAACAAUGGCAUGGCAGUAAAUGUUGUCCAAGUCAAACAUCGUGCAAAAUGCUAGUAGAUUUACGGCCAGGUGUAAUCGACGUCCGCAGCCAUCGGACACACAAGGGGGGGGGGGGGGGGGACAAUUGGCCGGCAGGACGAGACAAAUGUUUGUUUGUUUUUUCACGGGUGGGGCCCACCAGACAUGGUUCCAGAAGAAAUUCACGCAAAAGUUGACUGCUUGCUGACUUCAAACUUGUAUUCCUGAGGUGCCCAUCCACCUCACUCACGUCAGAUUAUUAGUAGUAUUAUUCACACAUUUCUACCGAAUGAGUACGCGGCUAAGCAGUACAGGGAGCCAGCAUAAUAUGUUCUCUCAGCAUAAAAGCAAGCAAAGAAUAAGGAGUACAUGGGCAAUGGAAACAGUUCCAAAGUACAGCCUGGGAUUGUAUGAGUGCAAACAUGUACGACAAUAGUCAUGUGCUAUUACAGCAAGCGACAACAACACAACAGAGAAUGUGACAGCAACCGCAGGGGGGCGUGCGAUGUUGACCAAGGUUGGGAAGCAGUACUGUCCAAGUUUCCUUCGUCCAGAGAGUAAGACUAGGGUUCCUGAACACGCUCAAAAUAAGUGUACGUUCCAGACGGAGCGAUAACUAAAGCGGCAGGUAGCGCGUAGUCCUCACUCGGUCGCUGCAGUCUGCAAUGUGCGAGGUGAGGUAACAUGAUGGCACACUGCACAACUCCACUGUUGUAACGCCAAACCAAUUCAUAAAAGUUAAGCCACCACUUUGAUUGUGUAAGGUGUGCGAGACACCCCAGUCAGCUGCCAGGCCAAGUCAACUGGUUAAAGCUUUACGUAUCUUGAUCUUGCUCGUGCAUGCCGUCCUUAUGUUUUCGGUGUUGAAUCUUAAUGAAGCAUUUAUAUAUGUUUUCCUCUUGCUGUCCUUUCAGUACCAAGCCAGUACCUAGGCCGUGGAACAGACACCGGAUCACCCACGACUGGACAUGAUGCAAGCGAUUGGGAACGGCCUUGUGUGGUGUAUAAAUGGGUAACCCGGCUUGCCAUUAUUUAGUGUGUAUGUAAGUGAUGACGGAGUGAGUAAGAAGCCCGAUGGGCAGUGAUGACACAUGAUUGCGUAGGGCUUGAUGCAAUAAUCACGGAGAAGCCCAAUGGGCAGUGAGGACACAAUAUUGUGUAUGGCUUGAUGCCAUGAUGAGGGAGAAGCCCGAUGGGCCGUGAUGACACAUGAUUGUGUAUGGCUAGAUGCCAUGAUGAGGGGGAGGGAGAAGCCCGAUGGGCAGUGAUGAGUAUGGCUUGGUGCCAUGAUGAGGGAGAAGCCCGAUGGGCAGUGAUGACACAUGGUUGUGUAUGGCUUGAUGCCAUGAUGAGGGAGAAGCCCGAUGGGCAGUGAUGGCACAUGGUUGUGUAUGGCUUGAUGCCAUGAUGAGAGAGAAGCCCGAUGGUCAGUGAUGACACAUGAUGGUGUAUGACUUGAUGAACGAUCAUGUGGUUAUGAAUAAUUACAGACAUGUUGAAACCGAGUGAGAGAGAGAGAGAGAGAGUGAGAUUUACAUAGAGGUAUGUGGGUUUUUAUGUCUCGGUACCGGCUUUUCACCCCGUUUUUUGUCGGGGCACGCGGAGGAGUGUACGUGCACUGGCAGUACGUGUGUGUACAGUAUGUGUGUGUACAGUACGUGUGUGUGUGUACAGUACGUGUGUGUACAGUACGUGUGUGUGUGUACAGUACGUGUGGGUACAGUGAGUGUGUGUGUGUGUGUGUGUGUGUGUACAGUGAAUGUGCGUAAGGGUGCAUGUGUGUGCAGUAAAUGUGUGAGGGGCGGACGUGUGCAUUCGAUACAGGAUUCCUUCUCUUGCAGGAACUGAACGGACGUCCAGCCCAAUUACGGAAGUACAGCACCUCACAUUGAAUUUACUGGCAGUACUACUCCAUGAUGUAGCACUCGCAACCUAACACGGGAAUUUUCGGGCAUUUCGCAGAGAUUUUGUCGGCUCGGAGUGCACUGCUGAUCAUGUUAUCCUGGCUGAUGUGUGCUCGCCCGGUUGCCACCGGACCCAGCCUGGCCUACUAGUGAGCAUCCCAGGGCAGGUCUGGCCGGGUCUCCAUAAUGUUCGUAGUAACUAUACACUUGGCCACAGAUGGUGGUCACAGUGCCCAAGACUUUGGCACACUGGCGCCAUGCGCCACACUGCUCGUUUUCCUUGUCCAAAUCUAUGUGUGCUGCUUUCCUAUCGGCCUCACUAUCCUUUACAUCGUGAGUGUGAUUGCUCUGGUAGACCACUACCCCAUCUACUGAACAGUCGCUUUGUGAGUGAAAAGUUUUGUUUUUUCACGGCUGAGCGUAGCGAAAGAGUGCAAAAAACGUAUUUUUCACUCACAAAUAUUUUCGUGCAUUUGCUCUUGUUCUGCGCAACUCCGUUGAACCUGCCAUCGUGGUCUUUGUUUUUCCUCGUGGUAGUUGAAGUUGCCCGCCCACCCACCCUGGUUUCAUGGGAGUCGUCCGCUGUUCUUCUUGACAAUCUAUGCCUAUGUGUGUGGCUUAUGAUUAUGACAUACACCGGUUAUUACAUACCAUUUCUUGCUAUCUUUAUUCUUGGGUCUGACUGGCAGCGGGGCAGGAAUUAAUGAAAAUAGAAAGGUUUUUUGGCCGAAAGGCGUGUUUUUCCUCUAGCCCGGUUGAGCGGUCGCGGCUAGGAAUGUAGGGAGUCAUUGUUUUUCAGGCGCUCCCCUGCUGCCCAGUCACCCAUGCUCACCACUGGCCAUGCUGUUUCACUUGAUUUCACGGCCUUUUCUCCCGCUUGCUGGCGGUUCUUUGAUGGAUUUAGAUGUUUUUCGGCUAUUUAUCUAUUCUGUGGCUGCGAGUGUGGUUUUUUGCUUCUACUCAUUUCUGGAAAACCACCACGGUGGUGAGUGUGAUUGCUCUGGUAGACCACUACCCCAUGUA